AUGGGGCAGAGUACUUUCUCACUCUCUCCCUCCUCUCAGGUACCCCCCUCUCCCUCCUCUCAGGUACCCCCCUCUCCCUCCUCUCAGGUACCCCCCUCUCCCUCCUCUCAGGUACCCCCCUCUCCCUCCUCUCAGGUACCCCUCUCUCCCUCCUCUAAGGUACCCCCCUCACUGCACUCACACUUGCUCUCAUUCUCUCUCCUCGUCUCCCCUCACUUAACUCUCUCUCAUCUCCUCCCCCCGCCCACCCACCCCUCAUUCUCUCCUCUCCGUGCUGCCCUGCUCCCCACCGUGUCUCUUCCCCGCGUCCAUGAUGCCUCCCUGGGGCUGCCAGGCACACGGGCAGUGCAGCGCGUGCAGCGGGUGGAGGAGGCAGAAGUCAUCUUCCUGCCCUACUGGUCCACGCUCGCCUUGCCCCUCACUCUCUCUCCCCUCCGUGCUCUCCUGCCCUCCACGAUGCCCCUUCCAAUGGCUGUGGCGUCCCCCCCUCCCCGCCAGGCACACCGGCAGUGCAGCGCGUGCAGCGAGUGGAGGAGGCAGAAGUCGUCUUCCUGCCGUACUGGUCCACGCUCGCCUUGCCCUCCACUCUUGCCCUCCUGCCCGUGGCAUCUCCCCCCCCCCCCCAUCGCCAGGCACACGGGCAGUGCAGCGCGUGCAGCGGGUGGAGGACGCGGAAGUCAUCUUCCUGCCCUACUGGUCCACGCUCGCCUUGCCCCUCACUCUCUCUCCCCUCCGUGCUCUCCUGCCCUCCACGGUGUCCCUUCCAAUGGCUGUGGCAUUCCCCCCUCCCCGCCAGGCACGGCAGCAGUGCAGCGGGUGCAGCGAGUGGAGGAGGCAGAGGUCGUCUUCCUGCCCUACUGGUCCACGCUCGCCUUCCGCACCAACGCCAGUGAGAUCCUGGACCCCAUCAUCGCCCGCUUCGCCCGCCGCCACGCCGCCACAGCCACCACAGCCGCUAGCAUCCCAGCCAACACGACCCACGACAGUAGCGGCAGCAGUGAAAGCAGCAGCAGCAUAGGCAGCAGAGGGAGAGGGAGUGGGGGCGGCCGUGUGCCCCCCCUGGUGGUGCCGUGUGUGUACCCCUUAGCCAUGUGGGAUGAGAUGCAUGUGGUGAUGUGGGAUGUGUCUGUGCUGCAUGUGGUGAUGUGGGAUGUGUCUGUGCUGCAUGUGGUGAUGUGGGAUGUGUCUGUGCUGCAUGUGGUGAUGUGGGAUGUGUCUGUGCUGCAUGUGGUGAUGUGGGAUGUGUCUGUGCUGCAUGUGGUGAUGUGGGAUGUGUCUGUGCUGCAUGUGGUGAUGUGGGAUGUGUCUGUGCUGCAUGUGGUGAUGUGGGAUGUGUCUGUGCUGCAUGUGGUGAUGUGGGAUGUGUCUGUGCUGCAUGUGGUGAUGUGGGAUGUGUCUGUGCUGCAUGUGGUGAUGUGGGAUGUGUCUGUGCUGCAUGUGGUGAUGUGGGAUGUGUCUGUGCUGCAUGUGGUGAUGUGGGAUGUGUCUGUGCUGCAUGUGGUGAUGUGGGAUGUGUCUGUGCUGCAUGUGGUGAUGUGGGAUGUGUCUGUGCUGCAUGUGGUGAUGUGGGAUGUGUCUGUGCUGCAUGUGGUGAUGUGGGAUGUGUCUGUGCUGCAUGUGGUGAUGUGGGAUGUGUCUGUGCUGCAUGUGGUGAUGUUGGGAUGUGUCUGUGCUGCAUGUGGUGAUGUGGGAUGUGUCUGUGCUGCAUGUGGUGAUGUGGGAUGUGUCUGUGCUGCAUGUGGUGAUGUGGGAUGUGUCUGUGCUGCAUGUGGUGAUGUGGGAUGUGUCUGUGCUGCAUGUGGUGAUGUGGGAUGUGUCUGUGCUGCAUGUGGUGAUGUGGGAUGUGUCUGUGCUGCAUGUGGUGAUGUGGGAUGUGUCUGUGCUGCAUGUGGUGAUGUGGGAUGUGUCUGUGCUGCAUGUGGUGAUGUGGGAUGUGUCUGUGCUGCAUGUGGUGAUGUGGGAUGUGUCUGUGCUGCAUGUGGUGAUGUGGGAUGUGUCUGUGCUGCAUGUGGUGAUGUGGGAUGUGUCUGUGCUGCAUGUGGUGAUGUGGGAUGUGUCUGUGCUGCAUGUGGUGAUGUGGGAUGUGUCUGUGCUGCAUGUGGUGAUGUGGGAUGUGUCUGUGCUGCAUGUGGUGAUGUGGGAUGUGUCUGUGCUGCAUGUGGUGAUGUGGGAUGUGUCUGUGCUGCAUGUGGUGAUGUGGGAUGUGUCUGUGCUGCAUGUGGUGAUGUGGGAUGUGUCUGUGCUGCAUGUGGUGAUGUGGGAUGUGUCUGUGCUGCAUGUGGUGAUGUGGGAUGUGUCUGUGCUGCAUGUGGUGAUGUGGGAUGUGUCUGUGCUGCAUGUGGUGAUGUGGGAUGUGUCUGUGCUGCAUGUGGUGAUGUGGGAUGUGUCUGUGCUGCAUGUGGUGAUGUGGGAUGUGUCUGUGCUGCAUGUGGUGAUGUGGGAUGUGUCUGUGCUGCAUGUGGUGAUGUGGGAUGUGGCGGCAUCAUUCGACAGCAAGUGCAGAGGGAGCUGCAGGGGCAGCCCGGGGUGCAGUUCACAGUGGGGCGGGCGGAGAACAGCAGCAUGACGGCGCAGGCCGGCACUUCCAUGCGCCGCGCCAAGUACUGCCUGGUGCCGCGAGGUGACACCUCCUCCAGCUGUCGCCUGUUUGACGCCAUGCUGUCCGGCUGUCGCCUGUUUGACGCCAUGCUGUCCGGGUGCAUCCCCGUGAUAAUCAGCGACGCGCUCGACCCGCCCUUUGAGGACGCCAUCGACUACUCCGCCUUCUCGCUGCUCCUCCCCGCGCCUCCCUCUCCCUCCCCCUGUCUCCCCCUCACAGGUGACACCUCCUCCAGCUGUCGCCUGUUCGACGCAAUCCUCUCUGGCUGCAUCCCAGUGAUAAUCAGCGAUGCACUGGACCCACCCUUUGAAGACACCAUCGACUACUCCGCCUUCUCCCACCCACUCCCUCCCCCUCCUGCUGUCUCCCCCUCUCUCCCCCUCGCAGGUGACACCUCCUCCAGCUGUCGCCUGUUUGACGCCAUGCUCUCCGGGUGCAUCCCCCUGAUCAUCAGCGACGCACUCGACCCGCCCUUUGAGGACGUGAUUGAUUACUCCACCUUCUCGCUGCUCCUCCCUGCUGCCCUUGCUGUGCGCCCGGGGUACAUUCUAGGCGUGCUGCACGCGCAGACAGAGGCUGUGUGGCGGCAGCAGUGGGAAGCGAUGAGGAAGGUAGCACAUCACUUCAUCUACUCCUUCCCGCCACGACCUGGAGGAGCAGUGUGGCGGGGUGAGGGGAGCAGCUCCCUAAACACACUGCUAUGCCUCAUGCCAUCCCUUUGCCACCCCGCCCCACCCCACAUCCCUGCCUCACAGGUGGCGCAUCACUUCAUCUACUCCUUCCCGCCACGACCUGGAGGAGCAGUGUGGCGGGGUGGCGCAUCACUUCAUCUACUCCUUCCCGCCACGACCUGGAGGAGCAGUGUGGCGGGGUGGCGCAUCACUUCAUCUACUCCUUCCCGCCACGACCUGGAGGAGCAGUGUGGCGGGGUGGCGCAUCACUUCAUCUACUCCUUCCCGCCACGACCUGGGGGAGCAGAGGACAUGGCGUGGCGGGCGGUGGCACGGCGGGUGAGGGGGCAGUUCUCUUCGCGCUACCGCAACAGGAGGGGGCGCAUUCUGCUGGCCCAGCUGGCACAAGCAGGGCUCAAUGCCUCGCAUCUCCAACAACCCUUGCCCAACCGACCCCCUGUAGCCUUCAAUGUACGGUAA